AUGUUCAUGUUUGGCUUUGUGACGAUCAUGCAGGGGUUGGUCCAGAGCCCUAGCGGUCUGUACGCGACCAGAUUCUUCCUCGGUGUAUUCGAGACUGGCAUGUUUCCUGGAUGCUUCUACUUGAUCGGCAUGUGGUACCGACGACACGAAGCCCAGAAGCGCUUCUCGUUCUUCUUCAGCUCGACGACCUUGGCUGGAGCUUUUGGCGGGCUCCUGGCGGCUGCGAUUGGGAAAAUGGAUGGCCUCAGAGGUUAUAAAGGGUGGCGAUGGAUUUUCAUCCUCGAAGGCGCCCUCACCGUCGCCGUCGCCAUGAUCUUCUUCUUCGUAAUGCCAGACUUCCCAGAAGAGUCCAAAUGGCUCUCAGCCGACGAGAAAGCUUACGUCGCAGCUCGCCUUCGUCUGGACCAAGGUCAGUCCGCUCGCGACAGGCCCAUCACUCUUAAAGACAUCGGGCGAGUGUUCAAGGACUACAAAGUCCUCGUCGCUGGCUUCAUGUACUUCGGCCUGAUCGUGCCGGCGUAUAGCUAUGCCUAUUUUGCUCCUGGCAUUAUCGCGUACUACGGCUACAGCCCGAUUGAGACGCAGCUACAUUCCGUCCCGCCGUGGGCUGCUGCGUUCGGGUAUUGCAUGCUCGUCGCCACGCUGUCGGAUUACUUCAUGCAUCGCUUCUGGUUCGCCAUUUUCAGCAUUUGCGUGUCGAUCACUGGGUUUGGCAUACUCGUCUCAGUGCAUGACAACGUCAACCUGCAAUAUGCAGCUCUCUUCCUGGUGACCAUGGGGACGUACACCGCUAUGCCGAUAAUUGUUUGUUGGUACAACCUGAAUCUUGGAGGGCACCACAGGAGGUCCGUCGGCAGCGCGUGGCAGAUCGGCUUCGGUAAUCUCGGUGGUAUCAUCGCCACCUUUGCGUUCGUCGCAGACGACGCUCCGUUUUUUGUCACAGGCUACUCGAUCUGUUUCGCCUUUGCAGCGAUCAGCAUCAUCGCGUGUGUCAUCUAUGGCUACGGUUGCUGGUCGCAGAAUCGAAAUAGGGACAAGACGCCGGUUGAUGUUGGUUUGACGGAGUAUGAGAAGACGGAGCUGGGCGAUUUGAAUCCGGAGUAUCGAUAUCUGCUGUGA